AGCUGUCAUCUUGGCUUGUAGGCCAAAGAUGUGUGUAUGCGAUGCGUAAAAGUAACCGGUAAAGUAACACAUGUAUACAGUGAUAGCGUGACAGAUUAUCUUUUAAAUGUUUUUCAUUAUUCUACAUCAUUCGUCUAAUAAACUAUAAUCAUGUUCGGACUAAUUGUAUCCGGAAGAUUGGUACAAACCGAUUUCCAACAAGUGGGUGAAACACAAUAUGUUAUCACUAUUCCUGAUGCAGACAAUGUUAAUCAUGUUGUGGUUUUCCUCACUGGCACAGUGCCAUUUCCCGAUGGAUUAGGCGGAGCUGUGUACUUCAGCUGGCCAGAUCCAAAUGCUCCUCCAAAUUGGCAGAAUCUUGGAUUUAUUUCGAAUGCAAAACCAUCAGCAAUCUUCAAGAUUUCAAACCUCAAGAAAAAUCACGAAUUUGAAAAUAUCAAUCAAACGAUGUUCGGAGUUGAAAAAAUUUCACAUGAUGCUCAAAUCGGUAUAUCUGUUGAGCCCCUUAGCAUAAUAGAACAACAGAGUGCUGCUGUUGCGGAAGAAACAAGUAAUGCAAUGACUUCAUUCAGCCAGAAAAUGUUAGCACACUUUUUCAACUAUGUUUCAAGUUUCUCUGUGACACAGCAGCAGAUGUUACCGAACCCUUCCGAAAAUUUUGUACCUCUAUCCAUUAUGCAAAAUUGGUACACUACGUUCCUACGAAGAUUGGAGCAGAAUCCAAACUUCUGGAAAGCUUGAUCAAUAUGAAACAUGUUACAUUGUUUCAACGAAUGCCUCGACUGUCUGCAUUUGUACUUGUGUAUGAACAAUCAAUACAAAUCUAAUUAGUCUGCUCGAAGAAAUUGCUGUUACAAAAAUUUCUUCAAUAUAUAAUAAUGUCCUAUCGAUUUAGGUCAACAAUUUUAAUAAUGGUGAUUUAAUUAUCAACUCAAUACGAAUAGAUUGUAAUGUUGA